AUGAUGCAGCCACCGCGGUGGGUGACAGUCUUGCUUCUGCUGGCGGUGUCCGUGCCGGCGCGCGUGGUGGCGGCACAUGUGUGCCCGCCGCUGUCGUGCGCGGCGACGCGGCUGGGGUACCUGUGGGACCACAACAACCAGGGCCACCUGGGGGAGGAGGAGCUGCAGGGCGACCUGCGCAAGUCGCAGCACUGCAUGCUGCUGUGCCGCCGCACGCGUGGCUGCUUCAUCUGGAUGUUCCGCUUUAGCAGCGACGGAGCGUUCUGCCGCAUGUGGUCGGCGGAGCAGAGUCCGUGCAACGUGGACCCCAGCGACGGCGCGAACCCCGUGCACUACAACCCCACGCCGCCCUGGGAGGGCUUCUUCGGCUUCGGUGGCAACUGCUCCUCCGACGCCGAUGCCCAAGGGCAGGCGCAGGGGCAGGCGCAGGGGCAGGGGCAGAUUCCUCUUGGCGCUGUGCCUGCUGAGGACCUAACCGUGCCCAAGGAGUACUUUCUGCCUGCUAGAGGAGUCCCCACGGAGCCGUGUCCAUGGCUCAAGUGCAACGUGGCGACGCGGGGGUUCCUGUUUGACCACCCGGCACGCGGCCACCUCACCGUCAUCUCCACCGCCACCAGCCGCCGCCGCCGCGCACAUGACUGCUGGAGCGCCUGCCGCAAGACAGAGGGGUGCGCCUUCUGGAUGUUCGAACAGGGCAACUCCCCCACAG